AUUCGAGCCGGGUGACGGUGAGCUUUUAACGGCAGCGCUGCUAGGUAGCAUCAUCCACCGUCGCCGCUGCCACCACCACCGACAUCGCCACCAGCGGCUCCACCACCACUGCCAACGAUAACCACCGGAACGAGCAGUCCGGUGGCUGGCUACUCGCGCAGUCUCCUGAGCGCGUACGCUCCCAAUACACCGACAACUGCUCCUCUGGCUUUUCCAAGGAUUCGGCUAAGAUAACCACCACCGAGCAUCCUCCUCGGCUUUCUCCUCGCGGUGGUCGUCGAAAGCGGUGCGUACGAGAAAUCGGGGAUCUUGUAAGCGGAUAGAUCGUGAUCGAAAUAGCGGUUCACGCGGAACGCGGGGAAGAAGGAGAGCGGAAAACAGAGAGAAAGAGAGAGAGAUAGAGAGUGAGAGAUUCGUCAUCGUGCCGGCAUCGGCUACCAGGCGCCCAGUCGAAGCAGAGGAUCAAAAUGUCGGAGACGGAAGAUAUUCGAGGCGUGGUGGAGAGCAAUGAUUUCCACAGUAUCAUCGAGGCGGAGAGCGGCAGGUCCAGUUCCGUUGACUAUUUAGACACUUACGAGGACGUGCCGAAGGAGUCGAAGGAGGUGUCCGAGGAGAGCAACUGCGAGGAGUUCAAAGAGGACAAGGUGUCGUUCGUGGAGACCGUGAAGAAGCCCUUCGAGCAAGAGAGGUUCACACAACCAGCGCGUUCGACGCCGGAAACAACCGUAGCGGUCGUCGACGCGACCGGCACGACCGACGCGACCGGCACGACCGGCGCGAGCGACGCGACGGUCGCUAGCUCGGCAGUCGAAGAGGAGCAGCCGGUCGCCGAAGAAGUAGGGGCGGUGGAAAGCGGUGAUGGACAGCCGACGGAGACCUCGGCAGUCGGUGAGUGGAAUUCGUUGCCGGUGCUGGUAGAGCGUCUGCGGACAGCGCUCGAGCACUCGCUGGCCUCGUCGGGGAGCGGUCAGGAGACCGAGGAGCCUCCUCAGCCGGUGCCGGAGGACUCCGGCGUGGACUCUGAGGAGGACUUCCGGCUGCGGAAUUCGAUGGAAAGGGUGCUGGUCGACUGCAAGGAACCGGAGCUACGGAAGGACCUGAAGUUCCUCGAGGACCUGUUGCUGUCUGACAUCGAGACCGCGUUGUCGCGGCUUCGCGAGACCUUGGAGCGAAUCGACGUCGCAGCACUAGCGAAGAACGGCGCCGCCUCAGACCCCACCAGCAAGCUGCACCUGUUGGGCCUGGUGUCCAGCCUGUUGUCCAGACUGCAGGGGCCCGAGGAGAAAGAGAAGCAGCCGGAGAAACAGCCGUUGCCCUCGGCGACCGUGGUGCUACCGUCCACGUCCUCCAGCAGGCGGCGCAGAGGGACCAGACACACCAUCGGCGUCUCCGCCGAGGAGCUAGCGAAAGCAAGGAAGUGGCUGGAGGAGGAGAGGAGUCACUUUGCGCAGUUGGAGGAUGUUUUGCCGGUGAAAGAGAAGGAGACUGGUGGCAGCGAGGCUGCUGCGAGCCUGGAGAAGAAGCCCGAGGAGGUUCGGGAGAAGUGCAUCAAGGACGCCAUCAACCAACGUCAGGUGCUGGAGGACAAGAACAAGGUGAUCAGGGAGAGUUACAAGGUGCCGCAGCCGGAGGAGCCGAGCGAGGCUGUACAGACUCAAUACAACGGCUACCAAGCGAACUGCGAGAAUACCGCGCAGAGCAACGAGGAGAACGACGAGAGAAGUCGCGUGAGCCAGCUAGCGGCUGUUCUCAGACAGCGCGCGGAGUUAGCUUCCAGCAGGUAUCCUCCGCCUAACAAGUUCACCGCGAAGAAGUCGAAGAUCAAACGAGCGAACACUAUAGACAUACCCAGCUACCUGAAGCUGCAGGCGGAGAGUCUCGGCCGCGAGAGCACCGGUUGCGUCUCCCUAAGGCGGCCCAUCAACGUGGGGGACAAGGCUAGCCUGAACGCCGGCAGCGCGGUGCCGACGUUGCAGCCGAGAACGGAGAACGACAGGAAGUUCCUGGCGUUGAUCAACAAAAACAACGAGGCGCCGGUGAACACAGCGGUCCCGUACAAGCCGUUCGGGUUCACGAAGACGACGGACAUGUCCUCGCUGGCGAACAAGAACUGGAACAGCAGGUUCUCGAACAUCAAGACGGCCUUCGACAAGCCGACCGGUCCCGAGGAGAGGGAGAACAGGCCCUCCUUGAAGGACAGGGCCAACAGGAUGUUCCCGGGAGCAGCGCAGAGUCCGGCUUACCCGACGGACUCGGAUCCGAGGUCGAGCUACAACCCGCCAACGAUGAAGGACAGUGGCGGCGGCGGCGGCUUCAGACACGCGCCGUCCUCGCCGUUCAGGAAGAUCGAGAAGUCGCCCGUGUCGCCGUCCAAGGUCCCACCGUCCUAUCACUGGCCGAAGAGCGCUCCGGUGCCGACGAGCACCUUGAAAGAAAAGGCGAGGUUGAUGUUCGACAACGCUCCGACGAAAACCAGGCCCGAGGCGGAGCAUCAUGAGAGGCCCGCCUUGCCGAGACCGCCCUGGCUCGAUCAGGACAGGAGCCAGAACAAAAACGGGCCGAUCACGGAGAACGGCAGGAUCGACUACAAGUCAUUUUGCAAGCAGUUCGCUCCCUUCGUCGGCAAGAGCACCGUGGACACGAGGAAGUUCGAGAGCCCGAGGAAGUUCGAGAGCCCGCGGAUCCGAGAAGCCGGCGUGGUGGACGGCAAGAUAUCCUUCAAGAUCCCCGUCAGCCAGACACCUCCGAGGAUCCAGCAGUAUCCUGUCGAUCGUCGCGAAGCCAAAGAUAAUAAAGUUCCUCCUAAGAACACGUUCGAGACGAUCAAAUCGGCUGGCUACGGCGAGAGGGAACCACCGAAGCCACACUUCGCCGAUGCUACCUUAAGAGGCAGCUCCUCGGUGGCCGUACAGACAGGGAUCAACGACGACCACCAGGACGAAGGACGGUCCUUCAGGGUGGCGCCGAGGAUCGCGAAGGGGUCCACGGCUUGCAGCAACGCUGCCGUUCAAACCACCGAUUUGGAGAAGCCGAGUGUGCCAGUGACGAGCAACGUGGACGUCGACAAGCAGUGGAAGCCUAUCCCCGAUCGAGAAUCCAACGUUUACCGUCCUGAUCCUCAAAGGUUCGUUCUGGACCACAAUCAGAACUAUCGUACAGUUUCGGACGACCCUUCUGUGUUGAAUCCUCGCCAAACAUUCGGUGAACAAGCCUACAGAGACACCGUGCAUCAGGAAUCUGGCCAAAGUAAUCGGAAUCAGCCUAACAAUCCCGCUGAACCAGUGAAGAAGAAUCCGAGAUUCGACUUGGAGAGUUACCGGAAGGAAGACACCGAGGAUCGCGCGUACUCCUUCGUCUCUCCAAACUUGUCAGACUACAAUCAACCGGAAGAGGUACCGGAGAAGACAGCCGAAUGGCCUGUGAACGACUCUCCGUUCGUAGACGAUCAGAACAUCCAGAACCAGGACAUCAGUCCCGAUGUCGGAGUGGUGACGAGAUACACCUGCGCGAUCGCUACCGUCGCCUCCUCCGUCGACAGUCCCGAGCCUCGCUCCGAGGAACUGUUGCUUGACUCUAGAGCUUCCUCAUCACCUUCACCGUCCCAGUGGUCUUCCAGGUCGAGACCAGCCACCAGCGAGGCCGCCACUCCCGAGGACGAGAUCCGCAGACAUAAUCUACUGCAGCAGAGCCUGGUCCGGCGGUUGCAGAACGAGAUCACGUCCUUGAACAACGAACCCCUUCAGUAUCCACCGAACCUCGGUCAGUCAGCCAUCAGCGCUAGUCAGCCUAAGAUUCAGUUGGAGAGCUACGAGAAUCAGCUCGUUCAGAGCUACCAACGCAGCUACAACCAGUACAUCGGUUCUAGUCAGCCAGGGAGCACAUCUCCAGCUCAGCAGCAAAGCUUCGGUCAGUCUUCUAGCUCGAAUCAAUCCGGAACAAUCGCUCCAGUCCAUCAGCAAGCGUUAGGUCAACCUUCUAACUCGAGUCAAUCCGGAAGCAUAUCUCCGGCCCACCAACAAGGUAUAAACCAGUCUUCCAGCUUGAGUCAAUCCGAAAGCAUUUCUCCGGUCCAUCAACAAGAUAUAAGCCAGUCUUCCAGCUCGAAUCAAUCCGGAAGCAUCCCUCCGGUCCAUCAACAAGCCUUCAACCAACCUCCCAUCAUCGGCCGACCUUCGAUUCCUCAGACUCAGCCGCACAGCUUCAGCCAGCUAGCGAACUUCGACCAGCCGGCAGGUGCUCAGCCGUCCAAGUACGGCAAGUACCUGACCCCAGUUCCCCAGAAGAAACCGGAGCCCUCGAGGACCCAUUCGCCGGUGACUUCGGUGACCUCGAUAUCGGCGAACCGAGUCGGUGCGCUCAGGGAAGCCUACGAGUUAUCGCCGAGCAGCCAAACAAAGCCGAUCCAGAAGGAACGCUCUCCGAUCCCGAAUGGAGCGACGAUCGACUCCAGCGACGAAUAUCUGGUCUCCUGCGCGACCAAGCCUUCAAGGUCCAUCGUUCUGUCCAAGUCAGAGUCGUGGCACCAAUUGGCCCUAUCGACCGGCUACCCGCGUGCUCCUCGAGUGAACGCGCCGGCAGCCUCCGUCUCGAAGCUCUCGCCACACCCUAAGCCACCAAAGCCGAGGUCACCGUCAUCCCAGAAACUGCGAUCGAAGCAGUUCGAGGCAUCCUCGAUGGCCGACAGCGUGAAGAAGAUGGAGGACAAGAUCAGACAGUACUUUGACAGUCCGGUGGAGUCAGUCGAGGUCAGGGAGCACCAUUCGCGGAGCAGGCGAUCGCCGAGAACUCUGCACAAGACCAUGGUCGGGCUGUCCCGGAGCAGAACGAUGCCGGGUAUAGUGGACGAGAGGCUCAAGCUGGUGAUCAAGAGCGAUCAACAAGCGCCGCUGUUGAACGUGAACACGGCGGACGUCGACAAGGUGUUCGACGAUCUGUUCGAAGAGGCGACCAGGUCCGACGGCCGUCAUCAAUGCUGACCGCGAGUCACCGUCGUCGUUUCGUCCUCGGCUUGGCCAGGAUCAGUUUCCUUGGCUGGGAUCGUUCCGUUGUUUGGUCCAGCCGGUUGCUCCUUGAAGAAGAAGAGGAAGAAGGAGAAAAUGAUUAUGAUGAUGAUGAUGAAGAAGGAGGAACGUUUGGCCAGGACUGUAGCGGGUAUCCUCUUCUUCUCGCCUGUUUCUAGUCGCUUAGUUCCUUUGUCGCGUUGUAUACGUCCAUCGCGAGAACCAAGUGCCAUAGACGUGACUAUUCCGAGAACGGAGAAGCUAGAAUUAGGGGAGUGAAAUUCUCUCGGAGAAGAGAUCCGAGAGGCAAGAGGAAUUCAGUGUUUAAGAGAUGACGCGAAGCGGAUCGGGAGAAGUUCGCCUCCAGAACCUCGCAGGAGCAUCGGCAACGAGGAUCAGCAAUCUUUCGUCGUUAGUGAUCGAAGGGGUCGCUGUACGAUCGUCGAGAAAACAAGACUGAAUGCAUCGAUUCGCGUUCUCGAUCGAGUACGAAGGGGGGCGCGUGUGCUUCUUAAUCUUUCUUGUCCUUUUUCUUUAUCGUUAUUAUUGUUCUCUUCUAUUUUUUAUCUCUGUCUCUGUCUCUCUCUGUUCUUCUACUUCUUGUCUUUCUUUCUUUCUUUUCUCUUCUUUUUUUAAUAAGCCUCGAGUCGCGCGCUGCGAACACGUUUUGCGGACGGACGUUGAGAGUCGUGCUAGAAGGUCGUGCCAAACCCCGAAUAAAGCACCCGCAAGAAGCCGCUAUCACCGUUUGCCAAGUUUCGUGAACUCGACAGACAAAAUAGCGCCGCUUCGUCACCGAGUCCCGUAAAGUCACCGGCAACAGAGUUUCGAUUCAAGUUUACCGAGCCAGCGGUGAGGGACAACGCGGCCCAAAUAAAAGAGAGGCUACUGGCGUGGUGCCGUU